AUGUUUGACGGUCCUCGCACUCAGCUGAGUGUGUACUUGUGCAACUGCACUCGCCCGAACAACUCGAUUGCCCUUAUUGUGGAUAUUGGGGGCCUCGGUACUAUGGGAGCAAACGGCCAAAACCCGGAUCUGUAUCAACCUUACAAGAAUCCGGGCGGAAGCAGCCCGACGCCUGCUCCUCGAACCGACCAAGAUCAACAGUACGGAGAAAUCCCUAAAGCUCACGAACCAGAAAUAUAUGACAUUGAGGACUUACCUCCUGAUACUCCGGGAUUUGGUCUCAAAAGUGAGGUAGUGAAACCGUAUGCCAUUGAGGAGCCAGAGGAGGAACUUACGUCCGAAACGGAGGUGUCAACAGCGCAGCUAAGACAGCGCAAACACUGGGAGGACCUGAUCUCUUCGAUGGAAAUGUUGUACUGCAACUCCGAUCAUGACAAUCCAGGAUCAAUCCGUCCAAAGAGGGGCCGGAAAAGAAAGCCUACUAUCACAAAUCCCGUCCGAACUGCCCCGUCCGGAGAGCCCGCCUUUGUAACCGAUGCACAAUAUGCGAGCCCUAGUUUGAGCUCGAAACGGGCGAGGAAAAAAGAGGAAUUGCCUAAAGAAAGAUAUCUGGACUCGGAUGAAGAGGUUACCACCAGACGAUCUCGAGGAUUGAGUAGUUCAUCCAACGCCUCUGUGUCUACGGAUACUAGCGGCGCUAACAUGACGAAUGGAUUUCCUACCCCGGAGGAUAUGGACAUAGAUUAA